UCAAGAAAACCCAGCAGCCAGCACCAACUUUCGACAAUCCACGUUCCACAUCUUCAUACCUCUCGAGCUUUUUAGAGAGAGAGAGAGAGAGAGCGAGCGAGAGUGAGAAAAGAUUUUCAUCCUCUUCAACCCUUCUCUCUCAUGAAAUCGGCCACGAGCAAUUGACAACUCUUAUUGGCAAUCAGAACUAGGCAGAGGCUUGGGCUGGAUUUCGAUGGCUCCUACUGCUUGUUGGGUGAUGCAGUUUCUUGAUGCGAGCUAGUGACAUUCUUAUUCAAGUCAGUUGCUUUAUACUGUCACAAUGUGGAACUUUGCAUCCAAUUGCAUAGCAGGGAAUACCAGACUCAAGAAUGAGCCCACUAAGCAAACUGAAGGUGCCUUGGAAUGCUCAGACGAUGAAGCCUCUUCGGAUUCUAGCAGGGAGGAGGGUCUCGAGUGCCCGAUAUGCUGGGAAUCCUUCAACAUAGUUGAAAACGUGCCCUAUGUCUUAUGGUGUGGCCAUACCCUCUGUAAAAAUUGCGUCCUGGGGCUUCAGUGGGCCGUUGUCAAAUUUCCCACUUUACCAAUUCAGCUUCCCCUUUUCAUCUCAUGCCCUUGGUGCAACCUCUUAUCCCCCCGUCUGGUUUACAAGGGAAUUCUAAAGUUCCCUCGCAAGAACUUCUUCCUUCUCUGGAUGAUUGAGAGCCUGAAUGGAGAUAGAGUCAAGUCUAGCUCUGCUUCCUCUGGGGACCACCCACCAACGUGGCUUUCAAGCGGUAAAAUAGCAACUGGGAGUCAUGUAAGCCACCCUACCUUCAGAAGAGGCCAACAUGUCCAUUCUUCAGAACCUUCGGGAUCAAACCAUGCCCUUAAUAAUGCUGUUAAUCCUUAUUUCACUGUGGAGGGAUUACACACUUCCCUGAGAAAGUCUCUGGUCUUUUUUGUUCAUCUGACGGCAAAAUUCCCACUGGUUCUCAUAUUUCUUCUGAUUGUCUUGUAUGCGAUACCUGCCAGUGCAGCCAUCUUAGCCUUGUACAUUCUCAUCACUGUUUUAUUCGCUCUUCCGUCGUUCCUCAUUCUGUACUUUGCAUAUCCGAGUUUGGAUUGGCUGGUUAGGGAGAUCAUCACUUGAUAUGCUGUUGAGUUCCUUGUUUGCGAGCACAGUAAGGCAAGUUUCCCCUGACAUAUGCAUUUGAAUCGCAUCCGAGGUGUAAUUUGACGACUCCAUUUGUUUCCAAAAAUCCCAUUUAGGUCGUCAAAAUAUGAUAUCCUUCAGUGUCCCCAUAUUUUGGGAUCAGUAAGUAUGGUCUAUUGGUAUUACUGUGAGAUAAUAGCGACCAUUGACUUGGGUGAGUAAAUCCCUGUUGCCAAAGGCGGGGCAAAUCAACAGGGAUCUCCUGCUUCCGUGUUUCAUCACGUAAACAUCUUGAUCGGCCGGUGCAUAGAUGCUUCGUGUAUAUGGUGCAGCUAAUAAGUGAUUGUCGAUGUGGUUAAUUUCUUGCCAGAAAGCAUGUUUCACGUGUGUAAACAGACAAAAAAAGGUUAUAAAUCUUUGUUAUGGGCGACCGAUUUCUUCA